GAUGCCCGAGUCGGAUGGCGGCGCCGCCCCUGGUCGCGCAGCUGCCACAUCCGUUGGUGGCAGCCGCACCGCGUUGUCGCGCCGCACUGGCGGCAGCCGUACCGUUGCCAACACGAACAGCGGUCGCAAGGCAGCUGAUGGGGGCAUCCUCAAGUUCUACACGGACGACGCACCGGGCCUGAAGGUGGGGCCGACCACCGUCCUGGUGCUUUCGCUGGUGUUCAUGGCAAUCGUUUGCUCCCUGCACAUCUUGGGCAAGUUUCGCAGCAGCUAG